CAUGGCGUGAGCAUCAGGGAAGCGCCGGUGUCGCGGAAAAGCUUGGUUAUUUGUCGAUAUGAUAAUUUCAUAACCCUAACCCACUUCGCUUCCACAAUGCCUCCGCCAGUACAAGUCGCACGCAGGCGCAUUUUAGAACCAAAGAUUGGUGAGAAUGGCUACCAAGGCUUUCAGCCAGGGAAGUCUACUGUACUUCCGGCUGGUUGGAAUGGGCACAAUGCGAAAGCCCUCAAGAGCGACAUUCGGGUCGACCACGACGUCGAGAUAGUGAUGCACGAUGGUGUUAGGCUUUACGUCGAUAUCUACCGGCCCGAAGGCAGCACCGAGAAGAUCCCCGCAGUUCUCAGUUGGUCAUUUUACGGCAAGAAGUACAGUGCCCUCGAAAUGCUUCCCAUGUGUGUCUGGAACUGCUGUGUUCCCCGGUCUGAUCUAAGCGGUACCGAAAAGUUUGAAGGGUUGGAUCCUCAAAAGUGGUGUCCAAAAGGAUAUGCAAUUGUGAGUGUCGACACUCGUGGGGCUGGAAACAGUGACGGGGAGAUUGGAUAUAUUAUGGCAGAUUUCGAGAUUGGCUAGUUUUACGAGGCUGGUAACGAUUCCUACCGCGAUUACAAAUGAACAAGAAACUGGAAUCGGAGUCACCCGAGCUAGAAACGUACUGCUACGAGCUGUGCUAGCACUUCUCUUCCUCCUGUUUUUUUCUCUCCCUUUCCCUAGGCCAAGUCACAUACAUAG